GACUGUAAACAUCCAACGCUGAGCGGGAGGAAGGCGGCUGGCGCCAUCUUGGUUGUUUUAAUGAGUACAACAAGGGACAAUUCGCUUGGAGAAGUAACAUAAUCAUUCAAAAUUCACUCUGAAGGUGGUCCUGUCGGUAAACGUACCCCGGUGUGAGUGUGAGACAGGAGAGCCAGGGCAAUGUUCUACGCCCACUUUGUCCUCAGCAAACGAGGGCCGCUGGCCAAGAUCUGGCUGGCAGCCCACUGGGACAAGAAGUUGACAAAGGCACAUGUGUUUGAAUGCAACUUAGAAAGCAGUGUGGAGAGCAUCAUCUCGCCUAAGGUAAAGAUGGCGCUGCGCACAUCAGGUCACCUCCUGCUUGGAGUAGUGAGGAUCUACCAUAGGAAGGCGAAGUACCUCCUCGCUGACUGUAAUGAAGCCUUUAUUAAAAUCAAAAUGGCUUUCAGACCAGGUGUGGUGGAUCUACCUGAGGAAAACAGAGAGGCUGCGUACAAUGCCAUCACCUUACCUGAGGAAUUCCAUGACUUUGACCAACCACUUCCUGAUCUCGAUGACAUUGAUGUGGCCCAACAGUUCACUUUGAACCAGAGCAGAGUAGAGGAAAUCACCAUGAGGGAAGAUGUGGGGAACCUCAACCUCUUGCAGGAUAAUGACUUUGCUGACUUUGGCAUGGAUGAUCGAGAGAUGAUGCGUGAUGCCAGCGCAUUUGAGGAUGACAUCAUGACUGGUGCCACUGCCUCUAAUCUUUUGCUGGAGGCUGAGCCGGGACCCGCUAAUCUUCCCGAUAAGUCCAAUCACAUGGAGUAUGAUGACUUUGGGGACAGCACCAUGGGCAACAAUGAUGGUGGAAUGCUAGUUGAUAAGCUGCUGAGUAAUGAAGAUGGAGGAGGUAUUUUUGAUGACCCUCCAGCCAUCACAGACAGUGUCAUGCCUCCACAUACUGAAGACGAUGAGGAUGACUUUGAUAAUCUGCCUUCACCGGGUCCAGACAGCCCAGACUCUGGCCCAGCAGAGCCGCUGCCGGCUAUGGCGGACCAGACAGAACAGACCACCCUUGUUCACAAUGAGGAGGAGGCCUUUGCCCUGGAGCCCAUUGACAUCACUGUGAAAGAGACCAAGGCCAAGCGUAAGAGGAAGUUGAUUGUGGACAGCGUGAAGGAGUUGGACAGUAAGACAAUCAGGGCUCAGCUCUCUGACUACUCUGACAUCGUAACCACCUUGGACCUUGCCCCACCAACUAAGAAACUGAUGAUGUGGAAGGAAACUGGAGGAGUGGAGAAGCUCUUCUCUCUGCCUGCCCAGCCCCUCUGGAACACCAGGCUGCUGAAGAUGUUUACACGUUGCCUAACACCUCUGGUGCCAGACGAGCUGAGGAAGAGGAGAAAGGGCGGAGAAGCAGAUAGUCUGGAUGAGUUUCUUAAAGAGCUGGAGAACCCAGAAGUGCCCAGAGAGGAGGUCAUGGGUCAGCACAGAGAUGUGAUUGAUCAGACUAUCAUGGAAGAGCCGAGCAUUCUGGGAGCCUCCGCAAUGGAGGGCAGCAGGACAACCCUCGUUGACAUGGUAAUGCCUCCUCCCUCCACCCCACGUGGUGUUAAACGCAAGACCCUUGACAAAGAGACUCCAUUGCCAAUGCCGCCUUUGGAGCAGCAGCAGCCGCCACUACCACAGGUGUCUGAGCACUCAGUCCUGUCGCAGAGGUUAGACAUACCUCAGGUGGAACUUCCUCCAGAGGAGAGCAUCAACCUCACCCAGCUCGUUCCUGAGCUUGACUUGCUCGGAGAGAAGAGCAAAGAGAAGAAGGAUGAGAGCGAGGAAGAGGAGGAAGAGGAGGGUCAAGGUGGAGACCAGGACCAGGAGGAGAAGAGAUGGAACAAGAGAACCCAACAGAUGCUCCACGGUCUCCAGCGUGUCAUGGCAAAAACCGGAGCAGACCGAAUCAGUCUGCUUGAAUUGUGCAGGAACAACAACAGGAAGCAGGCAGCGGCAAAGUUUUACAGUUUCCUCGUUCUCAAGAAGCAGCAAGCCAUCGAAAUUGCCCAGUCGGAGCCCUACAGUGACAUCGUUGCCACUGCUGGACCAAGAUUCCACCUGAUUUAGUUUGGACUAACAUUUGCAGCAGACACACUAUUUUAAUUACUCAAAUUUUGAUUUUUUUUUUUUUUUUGCCCCCUUUAUCUCUUUUUGUCUGUUCCUCACCUCCCCCCACAGGGAAAGGAACAGGGAAUUGUGGUUGUGGAGGUAGAAACUUUUUAAAUAUAUAAAAAAGCAAAGGAUUUUACUGUACAACAGAUGCAAUCAUGCAGUAUUAAUUUGGUAUAAACAGUGAAGAAAAAUGUUUAGCAAGUAUAUUUAUAAACAGCAUUUUUCAGUCACCAAUUUGUCUGUUUUUGGUCUAUUUAAUUUUUCUUCGGGACAUUUUUUUUUUCCUCUAUACCAGCAUUGUGCCCAAACCUACAUUACUCCUGAUUUUUGAUCCAUAUAUAUAUUUUUCUUUGUUGUCCACAUGGAAUCCUGCAUUGAUCCUGUAUAUAUUAUGGAAAGGUACUGUUUGAUUGCUGUAACACUUCCACCUUCCCUUUGCUGCACUUGCCUUUGUAUUUUACAUUUUCAUGGUUAAUGUUUAAUUUGUGGGCAAUUAUGUUGACACCUGCACUGCUUGUGGUCCAGGAUUUGAUUUGAUGUGGCCUCCACAGUAAAUUGGCUCUGAUGUCGGUAGUAGCAGCAAGUGGGACUUUGACACGUUUUAGAAGCGAAAGGCUGUUGGCAGUUCACCUGCAAAUAAUUGUGAUAUCGUUUUGAUACCCAGCCUUGUGACAGACUGCCGUCCUGUCCUGGGUGUGUCCCGCAUCACACCCUAUGAAUGCUGGAUAGCCUCCAGCUCCCCCCUCCCCAAAUGACCUUUAAAUGGAGCAAGCGGAUAGAGAAGAUGGAUGGAUGAAUUUUGAUGUGAUGCCCAAGACAGAGUUAUGCCAAACUUAACAUUCUGGUUUUAGUCAUCCCAAUCAUGGUUACCAUCCCAGACCUCGAGUCCUUUAAAAUAGAGUCCAAUCCUUUCAAGCAAUUAAAACAUACUGUAAAAAUAAAACUACAUUUAAUGUCACACUCACACCCAUUAAGAUGACAUUACAAUUAUUUAACUGUUUAACCAUUGCAGCUGUAAAACAGGUUUGUCUUAUUUUUGUUAUAGCGCUUUCUUUAAUUAUGUUCUCGUUGUCUGUCAACAUGUAGUUGACAUCACUCCUUUUUUUUUGUAACCAAAAAGGACAAAGAUAACAGAUUUAAUAUUUUUGCACAACAUUAAAAUAGGAAGGACUGGUUCUGAUGGUUGCUGAAAAAGUCAACUUUUUGUGAUGAAGCAGCUUACUUCAUCUCUCUAAUAUCACAUUCUUACCAUUUACACAUAAAACCAGGUGCCUUCACUCAGGUUUAGACAGGCAAGAAGAGAAACUAUCCUUAAAGAUAAAAUGUCAGGUUGGUUCUUGUUGCUGCAGGGAAAGCUUAAAAUUUUAUUCUGAUGGCAUGUAUCCUGAUGAUGCCGUUUUUCUGGUAUCCCCUUGUUGAAAACUGGAACGUCUAGUUUACUGCCUCCUGUAUACAGCUAAUGUGAUUACUGCAUUUGUGAUGAGGCGGAUGCAGUGAUUUGCAGUUUAAAGUAAACCAGCUCUAAUUCUGCCACUACCUGAGGUCAGAGCUGAUUACCUCAGUGGGAGGAGCAACGAUCACCCUGAAACUACAGAUCUGUGGGUUAAGCUAUCAAGGUUAGUAACUCAUGUUGCAUUAAAUGUCAUGUUCCAGAUGUAUAAUUCAGGCAGUUUAUCAACUUGCAUCAUAUAUUUUUUAAGUUUUUACCUUUUUUUUUUUUUUUUUUUUUUUUUUUGCUCAUUAUGUAAUUAGGCAGCCUACUUGUUACAGUUAUGUUCAGUAUCUCACCCUUUUAGUCUGCAGAUAACAUCUAGUUGUGAUACAUCUGUAAAGAUUUGAAAUAAAGUGUUUUAAAUAUU